AUCACACAACAUCUCGACACUCUACCACCAAGCCUUCGAGACAGGAACGCGAGCCUCAAACACACCCUCUGCGACCCGCAAGCAAGCAAAAGCCAUGAUGCUGAUCGCGAGCUCCCGCGCGCCCUGCGCCUCGGUGCGUCGCGCCAGCGCCACCACCUCCAGCAGCAGCGGUGCUCGCCGGCUGCUUGCGGCGCCCGUAGGUGCUCGCCGUUCGGUCCUGCCGCUGGCCGCGCUGGGACGCGAGGACUCCCUGGCUGACAAGGCCGCUGACGCCGCCGCCCGCGCCCGCGACGCCGCCGCAGACACCGCCGCCGACGUGGCGGAUGCUGCCAAGUCCGCCCAGCGGAAGGCUGCCCACGCCGCCUCUGACACCGCCGACGCCGCCUCCCGCACUGCCGAGUCCGCCUACGACGCUGUCGCUGACGCGGCGCGGGCGGCGGGCGACGCCGUGGAGCGCACCGCCGAGAAGGCGUACGACACCGUGACCGGCGCCGGCAAGGACGCGCGGCGCUCUGGCGAGCGUGCCGCUGGCGACGUGUCGGAUGCCGCCCGCUCCGCUGCCUCCAACAUCGCCGACAGCGCCACUGAUGCUGCGCGCGGCGCACGCGGCGCCGCCCGCGACGCGGGCGAUGCCACUGGCAAGCUGGCACGUGACGCGGGCAACGCGGCGGCGGAGCGCGCGCAGGACGUCAAGGACGCCGCAGACAAGGCCCGCCGCGAGCUGUGAGGGAGGCGUGUGAUGUGUGGAGAUGGCCUGCAACACACAUUGCAAGGCUGCAACACACGCUCCAACCGCUUUGGCUCCAGCCCCUGGCAUGGGCAUGCGGGCGGUCACCCCUAUUGUGGCACUUAGUGUGGCGCAUGCAGGAUAGGAAUGGUUAUGGGCCUGAAUCAAGUGAUAGCUAGUGGCUGCGAGCAUGGCAUCGGCUGUGAGCGGCGCACCUGGUGUUUUUCCGGGUGCGCUAUGAGCCUAUGAGAGUUGCGUGAUGGUGAAAACGCAGUUUUGGAACAUUGGAAUUAAACCACUGGAACAUGAAGCCGAAAAGCUCUACUGAGCACUGUGGUGGCACAACGGAGAGACCUAGGGGUCUCCAUACUGUGCAAGCUGUCAUGGGGUUGUUUGGUGGGGUGGUUGCGAAGUUGCGGGCGAGACAGGUGGUGUGGCAGGAGGCAAGCACAUUUG